UUCUGAGUGAAGUGGAUAAUGUUUCUCUGAAAUUCAUACUGGGUACUUGUGUUACAGCAUAUCACAAAACACGCUGAACCGGAGUAUUUGAAAUUUUAACUUCUUCAGUAGUAUUUCUCAUCUCUCUUCAAUGGCUUCCACCCUCCCUCUUCACCAUCCCACCCACUGGUUCCUCUCCACUCCUAAGCAGUUGAAGAGUUUCCACCAUGGCUGGUCACCACUGCGACCCAGUUGCUCUUUUCUUGCUGACACCCAAAAUCAGAUUAGACCCAUUAGAGCAACCACUGAGAUUUCUCAAUAUCCCAUAUUCCAACCUCCCCAAGUUGAAGAAGAAUCAUCCUCUAAGUUGGAGUCAGCAGACCCUGGUUUUUAUAAGAUAGGGUAUGUAAGGAGCAUGAGAGCUUAUGGAGUAGACUUUAAAGAAGGGCCAGAACAGGUGAAAAUAUUUACCAUCGGAUCCCCAGAUUUCUCAGCCCUCAAAUCCAUAGCUCCCUCCACUAAUUCAAGAGUAAAUAACCUAUACACUUGCAUUGCAGGCAUAACCUAACCUCACAUACUAAUUAAAUCAAUUACUUAUUACUUCACAACUCAUAGACAGUUCAUUGAAGCAUUUCAUCAAAUACAUAAUUUGCAUUCCACAAACGAAAAUAGAAAUAGAAAAUAAAGACAAACCCAAAACAAAUAUUUCAGUCAUAUAUCAAUAUUCAACAAUACCCACAAAAAGAAAUUUUGAUUUUUGGGGUUAUACCAUCCUCCUUUCCUCUCAUCCUAAUAAUUCCAAUUCUCCAACACUACCAACCAUGAACGGUUAAAUAAAUU